UCCGUUAUCACUACCAAAACAUAUACACACAAACCCUCUCUCUCUCUUUCUCUCUCUAAAAUUCACCAUCACCUGCAGCAUACGAUAUCAAUCAAUCCAUUCGAUUUUCAAGCCCUAAUUUCCCAAAAUCUCUCUUUCUCUCUCAAUUUCUGUAUCUAUACAUAUACCUGUAUCUAUAUACAUCUCUUUCCGGAUCUUUUCUUCUUGAAACUUCCGAUGGCCGAUCUCCCUGACGAUCUAAUCUUCUCUUCCAAACUCACUAUUUCCAAAGUGGAAGCAGCAGGAGGAAAUGAUGAGGAUAAGAUGAUGAAUUUCGCUGAUGAUUCUAAAGAUCAUCUAGCUCUGGACAGCAGCAUCCCUUUGUCUCCUCAGUGGCUUUAUGCUAAACCAAACGAGAACAAGUUGGAGCGUGCACCUAGUUCUCUUUCUCUUGGUACUUCUGCUGAUUCCAAUGUGAAAGAGCGCCGCCCAGAUACAACUGAUGACAAAAAAGAUUGGAGGAAGGUUGCUACUGAAACCGAGAGUGCUCGUCGUUGGCGUGAAGAAGAAAGAGAAACAGGCUUACUUGGUAGAAGAGACCGCAGGAAAACCGACCGCCGUCCUGAUGUUGGUAGAGAGACCAAUGAUACUAGAGCUCCACCUCCCUCUGACAGGUGGAAUGAUGCUGGUAACCGUAAUGCUGGGCAAGAGGCCCGGCGCGAUAGCAAAUGGUCAUCUAGGUGGGGCCCAGAUGAAAAAGAAAAGGAAACGCGAACGGAGAAGAAAGCAGAUGUCGAAAAGGAAGAAGGCCAUGGAGACACUCAGACACAUUCAAAUAACACUAGAUCAAUUUCAGAGCGUGAUCCAGAUGCUCGUGAUAAAUGGAGGCCACGCCACAGGAUGGAGGCAAAUUCUACUGGACCAGGUAGCUUUCGGGCCGCACCUGGAUUCGGGGUAGAGAAAGGACGUGCCGAGGGUUUGAGCACGGGUUUUACCAUUGGACGUGGACGGUCUGGUGGAAGUGCUGCCAGACCGUUGUCUGCCGGGUCCAUUGAGAACAAUGAUAGUGUUCCUGGCAAGCCUGGUCUUUCUGCUGGCAUGUUUCUCUAUCCAAGGGGAAAGCUUCUUGAUAUAUACCGUACACAGAAGCUUGACCCGUCUUUAGUUGACAUGUCUGACAAAAUCAUGCAAGUACCUCCUAUAACACAAGUAACUGCUGUUGAACCACUUGCUUUUCUUGCUCCUGAUAAAGAUGAAGAGGCUAUUCUUGGGGAUAUAUGGACCGGGAAAGUCAAUAAUAGUGAGGCCUCGUACAAUUCAUUUUCAAGGGACAGGUCACAAGAGAAUAUUGCAGAUGCCGGAAGAGAUGAUGAUCUUCCCUUGGCAGAGGAACUGGUAGAUCCUAAUAAUUGGACCCACCAAAAAGAUUGUGAGAGUGCCCUGCUAUCUAAUGCUCCUAAAACCAACUUGACAGAUGGACAAGACUCUAGCGGAAAUGUAGGCAGAAAUGAUGAUGCUUCUAAUCUUAAUAUUACCGAUGCAUCUCACGUGAACCAUCAGCUGUUUGAUGAUGUGGCGUAUGACAUGAAUGCCGAGCUUCCAAAUGAUUCAAACUCCCUCUUUGCCAAUCCAUCCUCUGAGCAAUACUGGAAGGGAAAUAUGCAGCCGAUAAAGAAUAGUAUAAAUAAGCAUCUCGCCAGCAGUAUCCCACCGGAAGAACUAAGUUUGUUCUACUGUGACCCGCAAGGGGAAAUUCAGGGACCGUUUCUUGGGGUUGACAUCAUUUCGUGGUUUGAGCAAGGGUUUUUUGGAGCCGAAUUACCUGUUCGUGUGGCAGAUGCACCAGAUGGAACUCCUUUUGAAGAACUAGGAGAUGUUAUGCCACACUUAAAAGCUACAAAUAGCUAUACUUCCAGUGGUGCUUUUGAAGAGAAUCUGGACGCUGAUAUGUUGGUUCCGCCUGCCGUUUCUGAAAUGGGAAUUUCAACAGAUGAUCCUCGGUGGCAGUUGGCUGGUAAUAAUGGUUUAUCUACAAAUUCGUAUUCCGAGGGUCAAAACGUCCAUGAUGAAGAAAUUGUGUUCCCGGGAAGGCCUGGUAGUAGUCAUGAUGUAAUGGGGAAUGCUUUAAGAGGCUCAACGUCUGGAAAUUACGCAAACAACUACACGAUUCCUACCGAGUUAACUGAACCUCGUCCACCAAGUCAAAAUGAAAAUAAGAUGCACCCGUUUGGGUUGUUGUGGUCUGAGCUUGAAGGGUCUAGUUUAAGAAAAGAUCAGUCAUCAAUUCCACCUUUUAGUGGUGGUAUUCACCAGCAGCUUAUGAAUCCUAUUGCUGGAGGGGCUGACCAGUUUCCACAUAUGGAUCAAGAGGUCAAUCACUUUGAUCUAGCAGAGAAACUUAGGGCUCAACACAUCCAACAGCAGCUGCUCCAGCAGCAUAAUCUGUUGUCUGCUUCUCACUUGAAUGAGCCUAUGUUCGAUCAACUUCCAGGUCGAAAUCUUUUAAACCAACAGUUGACAGGUCAAACUGGUCAAGAUCUUGACCACUUUUUGGCACUUCAGCUGCAACAGCAACAACAGCAGCAGCAGCAGCAGCAUCAAAGGCAGGUUCAACUUCAGCAGCAAAUGCUACUCAAGGAGCAACAAUCUAGGCAGCAAAUGCUGCUUGAACAAUUGGUACAAAAUCAGAUGCAAGAUGGACGUGUCAGGUCACGCAAUGAUGCCGUGAGAUCCAAUAAUGCGCUGGAUCAAAUUCUUCUGAAGCAUCAGAUUUUAAGCGAAAUGCAACAGCGUUCACAACAUCAGCAAAGACAUGUUGAUCCAUCAAUAGAGCAUCUGAUUCAAGCAAAAUAUGGUCAUCAAGGGCACCCGGAUGAUAUUUUGGAGAUGAUGGUGCGUGCUAAACAUGGACAGAUGUCAUCUUUAGAACAUCAGAUGCUUCAACGUGACCAAUUUCAUGGGAGGCAGUUGCCUAUGGGGAUGAGGCAGAGGAUGGAAAUGGAGGAAGAACGACAACUGGGUUCUGAUUGGUUUCACCGUGUUAAUUCAGCUGGACCUGGUCCUUCAGAUUUCUAUCAGCAGCAACAAAGACCAUCUCCUGAAGAUUUUAGUCAUCUUGAACGGAAUCUUUCGGUCCAAGAACGGGUUCAGCUUGGUCUUUACGAUCCGAACUUGCUACCAUAUGAGAGGUCAUUGUCAAUGCCAGGUGGUGGUCCUGGAGUGAACCUUGAUGUUGUAAAUUCCUUAGCUCGAGCUCAAAGCAUAGAUUAUCAAGAUUCGAAUGCUCGGCUACUCCAUGCUAAUCAAGUAGCCCGAUUUCCUUCAAGUGUCAAUUCUCAUCAAUCUAGCCAUUCCUUAGGCUCUAAUAAUUUUCGUCCUUCACAUUUCGAUGUGAUGGAAGGGCACAAUGGUCAAUUACAAAAUGAGUGGAUGGAAUCUAGGAUCCAGCAGCUGCAUAUCAAUAAUGAGAGGCAGAAAAGGGAAAUGGAGUCUAUAAGAAGCUCAGAGGACCAAAGUCUUUGGAUGUCUGGUGGAACUAGUGAUGACACUUCGAAAAGAUUGCUUAUGGAAUUACUACAUCAGAAGCCAACCAAUCAGCCUACUGAACCAUUAGAUAUAAAUAGUGGACUACCAUUUGAAAGAAGACUACCUUCUUUCGAUCAUUCAGACCAACAAGUAGGACUGAACCAGAAUCACCCAUUUUCUGUUGGAUCUUAUGGGUCUAGUGUAGGCACACCUAUGGACGAGACAAUAGUUGGGUUCAAAGGCAAUGAUGAGAGCUCGUUCUUUGGUAUGAAUGGAUCGUCUCAGGCAGCGUAUACAAACUCUAUGGUGUCACCUCCAGAUAUCAUGAAAGGUGCAGGUGCAGAAACACAAGAAAAUAUUACUCAGCCGGGUGGUGGUUUAUAUAUGGACAGGGUGGGACCAACAGAUUCUUCUUCAGUAGAGGCUAAAGAUCGGGUGACGGCUAUUUCCAAGAGGCCUGAAAAUAUUUUGUUGAAACGUCCACCAGUUGCACGUGCGGCUUCAUCACAUGAAGGAUUAUCUGAGCUGGCAUCAAAUCCAGAUAUCAGAGGAAGGAAUGUCCCUACUAUGAUAUCUCCUGAAGGAGGGAGACGGGAAGCAGGGGGCAAUAUAGUAAAUCAAGCCGCUGAGAGCAUGACAGCUGGCAAGGAUAUUCGUUUUAGGAGAACGUCAUCUCUUAGUGAUGCUGAUGUGUCAGAGACGGCAUCUUUUAGUGACAUGCUGAAAAGCAAUGCCAAGAAGACAGAUAAUCAGGCAGCAGCAGCUGCUGCUUUAGAAAGUGGAGAUGGGCAAGGGGGUAGACCUGGAAAGAAGAAAGGAAAGAAGGGGCGGCAAAUUGACCCAGCUUUACUUGGAUUUAAGGUUACUAGCAACCGAAUAAUGAUGGGGGAGAUUCAACGUAUAGAAGAUUAACCCAACCUCUGAGUUUUUUAAAUAUCAUUUGUUUGUUAGCUUGUAUGGACACUUAAUGAUUUGUGCAAAGCUAGAUAGGUUUUUUACCCCUCUUUUUUUACACCUCAUUUUGCAUCCGAAAUUUGUGAUGGUGGGGUGAUGAGGUUAGGUUGUUUAGGGUUUUGCUUGUAAAGCCUGUACAGACCUUUUGUUUUUGAGAAUCUAAUAUGUAGUUGGUUUCUGGAAACAAGUUAAUGAAUUAAAUCUCAUUUUUGAA